CAGCCAGGUUCACCAGAACUCCCUGUCUCAGUUUGCAGCAUUCGCAACGGAGGCAGCGAAGCUGAGCGGUUGAAGGACAUCAAAUGAAACAGGAGAGCUUUCAGCGGGUCCUCUUGAGUUCUGCACGGAGCCCGUCUUCCGAACUAGGGGACCGCAGUGUCUGAAACCAUGGAAGAUAAAUCAAAUUCAUUCUCCAGCAACAAAGACGAAAAAACGGAUGGGAAUAAUGUAUUCCAGAGGCAAGACUCGAUACAGAAGAAUAACAUGGGAAGCCAGAAUAUGAAAGAGCACAGCAACUCUGUUGGCUUCAAGGGUGAUCGGGAAGAAGCCAUGGUUGGUUUCGACGAUCUUGAUGGGGCAUCACGGCAAUACGGCUUUAUGCAGCGGCAAUUCGGGGCAAUGAUGCAGCCCGGUGUCAAUAAGUUCUCCCUGCGAAUGUUCGGCAGUCAGAAAGCAGUGGAGAAAGAACAAGAAAGGGUUCAAACGGCAGGAUACUGGAUCAUUCACCCAUAUAGCGAUUUUAGGUUUUACUGGGACUUGAUAAUGCUCAUCAUGAUGAUGGGGAAUCUAAUCAUCAUUCCUGUUGGAAUAACCUUCUUUUCGGAGCAAACCACCACCACCUGGUUAGUGUUCAACGUAGCCUCGGACACCAUCUUCCUGGUGGACCUGGUCAUGAACUUCAGAACAGGGAUUGUCAAUGAAGAGAGCUCUGAGAUCAUCCUGGACCCAAAGGUGAUCAAGAUGAACUAUCUGAAGAGCUGGUUUGUGGUCGACUUCCUCUCGUCCAUACCAGUGGAUUAUAUCUUUCUAAUAGUGGAGAAAGGUUUUGACUCCGAAGUGUACAAGACUGCCCGAGCGCUUCGCAUCGUGAGGUUUACUAAAAUCCUUAGUCUUCUGCGUCUUUUGAGGCUUUCUCGACUAAUCAGAUACAUUCACCAGUGGGAAGAGAUUUUUCAUAUGACGUACGACUUGGCCAGUGCUGUGGUAAGAAUAUUUAAUCUCAUUGGAAUGAUGCUACUUCUUUGCCACUGGGACGGUUGUCUCCAGUUCCUGGUACCACUUCUUCAAGAUUUUCCUCCAGAUUGCUGGGUGUCGCUAAACGGUAUGGUUAACGACUCCUGGGGUAAGCAGUACUCCUACGCCCUCUUCAAAGCCAUGAGCCACAUGCUGUGCAUCGGGUACGGAGCCCGCGCGCCCGUCAGCAUGUCCGACCUGUGGAUCACCAUGCUGAGCAUGAUUGUGGGAGCCACCUGCUAUGCCAUGUUCGUGGGCCACGCCACGGCCCUCAUCCAAUCACUGGACUCCUCUCGGAGGCAGUACCAAGAAAAGUACAAGCAAGUGGAGCAAUACAUGUCCUUUCAUAAGCUCCCAGCGGACAUGCGGCAGAAGAUUCACGAUUACUAUGAGCACCGUUACCAGGGCAAGAUAUUUGAUGAAGACAACAUCUUGAGUGAGCUGAAUGAUCCAUUGAAAGAGGAGAUUGUAAACUUCAACUGCCGGAAGCUUGUGGCCACGAUGCCACUGUUCGCCAACGCUGACCCCAACUUUGUAACUGGCAUGCUGAGCAAGCUGAAGUUUGAGGUGUUCCAGCCCAAUGACUACAUCAUCCGCGAGGGGACUGUUGGGAAGAAGAUGUAUUUCAUUCAGCAUGGUGUUGCAAGCGUCAUCACCAAGCUGAACAAGGAGAUGAAGCUGACUGAUGGAUCUUAUUUUGGAGAAAUAUGUCUGCUAACGAAAGGCCGUCGCACAGCCAGCGUCCGGGCCGACACCUACUGCCGCCUCUUCUCCCUGUCCGUCGACCAUUUCAACGAGGUGCUGGAGGAGUACCCAAUGAUGCGACGCGCCUUCGAGACCGUGGCCAUCGACCGGCUUGACCGCAUUGGGAAGAAGAACUCAUUGCUGCUGCAGAAGUUCCAGAAGGACCUGAAUGCCGGAGUGUUCAACACGCAGGAAAACGAGAUAUUGAAGCAGAUUAUCCGUCAGGACAGGGAGAUGGUGAUGAUGGUGGACCGCAAGCAGUCGGUCACGGGGAUGAACUCCACCCCGAUCUCUGGAAACUCCAUCAUUAACUCCCCGGCCCAGCCACCGUACGCCGCCACCCUCGGAAACAACCAGCUCCAGCAGUCCGCCCCGUUGACCUACAGCACCUCGGCCAACAUCGCCCAAGUGUCCCGCGUCAUCCCCGCCUCGGCCCAGGCCGCCUUCGCCGCCCCCAGCGUUCCCCACGGCAACGUCAACUCCCCGUCCCCCAACCCUCAGCAGCAGCAGGGAGCCAUCAUGUCGCCGUGCUCCUUCACGGCGGCCGUGUGCAGCCCCCCGGUGCAGACCCCGCUGACGGGCCGCACCUUCCAGUACGGCUCGCCCACCGCCUCUCAGCUGUCCCUCGCCCAGCAGCCGCUGGCCCCGCCCCCGUCGCAGCUGCCUGCGCAGCCGCCAGCGCAGCAGCAGGCCCCGCAGCAGCCACAGCCGCAGCCAGCGGGGUCCCCCCAGAGGAGCGACAUCCACAAGAGCGCUCAGGCCCUGCAUUCGGGCAGCCUGAGCCGAGACGUGCGCCAUCUCUCCGCCUCCCAGCCCUCGCUGCCCCACGAGACGUCGCUGGUGUCCAGGCCGCACCCCACGUCCGGCGAAUCCCUGGCCUCCAUACCCCCGCCGGCGGCCGCAGCGCAGGCCGCAGGAGUCCAGCAGAGCGGGAUCAGAGCCAACGUCCCGCAGCGGGUCAGCCUGUUCCGGCAGAUGUCGUCCGGAGCCCUGCCGCCGGUCCGCGCAGCGCCCCCCGCUGUCCAGCACAGGGAUUCAACGGGCUCCAGAAGAGAGUCCACAGUCUUAAGCAGUACAGAGACCGAGCAAGACAAGAUGCGGUUCGCAUCGAAUUUAUGAUCCCGUUUUCCUUUUUUUAAUUUUAUGUUUUAAUUCAUUUUUAUGGAGAUGCAACAAAGAAGUGAAAUUGAAAAAAAGAAAAAAAUGACUUGAAUAUUUUUUCUCCAAUUUCUUUGGGAAAAAAAAUGACCCAGUAGAUAUCCUGUACAGACGUGCCCUUGUAUUAUAUUUUAGACACAUUUCCCUUCAACUUAAGAAUGUAUAUUAUAAAAAUAUAGAAGUGUAAAUCCAACUAGAAUAUUUGGCAUUGACUAUUUAAAACUACAGUAUAAACACUAGUCUUCCUCUGAAAUAUAUGAUGAAUAUUUUUUUUGGUUUGUUUGUCUUUUUGUUUUUGUAACUGGAAUGCAACAUGAAUCCUAACCUUGACUUUUGGAAAUGUAUCUCUUUUUUUGUGUGGAUCUAAGAGAAGCAGAAGAAAAGAAAGUAAACAACUCCUCAAGUGCAUCAGUUUUCUCAUCACUGUGGAAACAAUAAGCAACCUAGUGGAAACUGUCAAAAGCACAUGGAAUAAUACACUUAUACUCUGUGAAUUUGAGAACCUCACUUUAUCAUUCAAAUCACUGCAGAUUAAAACAAGGUGAAUGGUAAAUAACUUCCUGCAAUACUUCUUGUCAAGGGGAUGCCCUCAGUUACUGGUCCACCAAGACCAUGGCAGUGUUAUGGGUCCAAAGGGAAUUAAUUAUUUGCUGCUUUUUUGAUUCUAAGAUGAUGGUUUGGGAUGACAAAGUAGAAUGGAUGAUGCUCUUUUUUCUAUUCCUUAUUUCAGAAAAGGAUGGACACUAUGAAAUGUUACUUAAUAAAUAUGUGUACAUUUAUAAUAUUUAUAAACUUACAAAAUAUCCCCAUUAUGCAAUAGACUGUGAUAUAAAAAUUAUCUAUGUGUGUAUGUAAAUAGUUUUGUAGAUCUAGUAUUUACGGAUCCUGUGUGUUGCAUUCUCAAUCAUGACAAUGUCUUAUUUCUAACAGGAACAUGGUAUCAUCUGUAUAUAAAUAUAAGUAAACUGUAGAAUGAAACCCAAAUAAAAAAAUGCUCAAAAUAAUUAGAGAUAUGCAAACCUUAAUGCAAUUGCUAGCAUUAAAAAAAAAAACAGAAGCAUGCAAAUUCAUGUUCUUGUAAAAACCAAAAAUGUAUAAUAUUUUGGUUUAAUCAAUGUAAGGCCCACUGUGGAAAAUGUUUUGUCUGAUAAAAAUAUAUAUUUGUGGGAUUCAAAGUGAAGUAGUUUCAAACUAAUUGGACAUCAAACCAUUGGACAUCAGAUAAAUUAUAACAGACAAAGAAAGUCACAUUAAAACAAAUAAAAAAUUCUAAAUACAGUUAAAUGACAGUUAUGCCAAUGUUAUUUUUAUGUUGUACAACAUUUUAGACUGUAUGAAAUUAUGACCAUUUUAUAAUCAUUUAUAAUAAUCAGUAUACAUCCAUAAAUCCAGGUUUAAAUCCAUUGGAAUUCUGAAAAUUGCUGUUAUCUGCAUUUACGCAUCACUCUGCACUCAGUAUAAUUUUUAAGGUAUUUGUCUGAAAAAUCUAAUCUUUUCAAUUUGAUCGUAUGAAUUCAAGGCAUCUCAAAAAGCAAAACAAAAAAAGAAUUCCCCAAAGUUUCAUUUAAAAAAGAAAAUGUGAUUCUGUCAUUUACAGGGAUGUUUCCUCUGUCCCUUCAAACAGAGAAAAUUGUAGUGAUACAUAAGAAAAAUAAUUAACCAAAAUACAGUUUACAUUUAAGUCACCACAGGGGCAAACACAGCUGGCUUGCAUUAAGGUUUCUAUCUCUCACAUGUCCAUCCAUCGUACAGUAUGAGCGUCUAUAUACACCGAGCCGACAUGGUCCAAUGGGUCUAUCAUGUUGGCAAAAUCAUGGGGUCAGUUUGACAUAGGCAGCCUUUAGCUAAAUCAUUUUGUUAGGGUGCAUAUAAACACAUUUACAUUGAAUGUAUUUGUUCAUCAGUAGCUAGCCUGUUUACCCAAGACAUCAAGAACCACAAUUAAGUGACCAGACCUCUACGAUUAGUUUCAAGGUUAGUUAAAAACUUUAGCUUUAAAUAUAAAUGUAGGUUUUGAUCUUUAAAAUACAGUGGGUGACUACAAAUGCAUAUUAUGCAUAUACUUUUUUAGUUUUCUUUUAGUUUACAUAUCAUCAUUU